CAAUGGAUCAUCUUGAUGAGUGGAGCAAUACUUUUUCACAGAAGAUUGAACAGAUUAAGCCAUCAGAUAGAUGGAUACUGGAGAUUGAUAAUAACAUAUGUGACAGCAGAAGUGGAUGGGAAUACUUUGUUCAGGAUGAAGCAUUUGGAUGGUUUCACUGCUCCCAGUGCUAUAACAGCUGGGAAUCAGUUAAUGUGUGUGUUGUGUUCCAUAUGAAGCUGGAUCACAAUAGCGGAUACAUGAAGCAAGGCACAGUGAAGAUGAGACAGUUGAGACAGAGAUGUCAUAAAUGUAAUGGAGAUAAUUUUGUGAAACCUGAGUUCCCUUCAAAUGUGAGAAACAACAUCCUAGAUAAUCUAAUCAUUCAAAUACGAAAAUACUGCUACAAGGAGAGAAAUGUUCCUAACCUCCGUGAUGUGCGUUGUGGUAACGUUACUCAUGGUCGCCACAUAAGCUCACACUGUGAGGCAUGUAAGUGGGGAAUAUGUAAAAAGCAAAGAGUUACUAUGACUUCCAUUCUACAGUACCAAUGUAAGAUCAGAGAACACACGAAUCAGGAGCACAAUAUUUGCAAGUGCUGUUGUUUUUGUUUUUUGAUCAUUUUACUUAUUCUCACUGUUUUAUUUGUUGUGGCUAACUCAGAGUUGUAAUUCAAACAAUCUUCCUUCCAUAAUAAUUGUCAGAAUAAUUGUUGUAAAACAAUUCCCCAUUGUGUUAUUGCAUAUAGAAAUCAAAUCACAUUUCCUAAUAUUAUGUUAUGCAGGUAUAAAAUGAAUCAUGUGUAUUACUAUAACUUUUAUAUUUAGGUAUGCAUGCAUACAGGUAUAAAACACCAAGUGAACUUAUAUAUGGAGCACACAUAUCAAAACCACAAAAUAAAAAUAUCUAAAAUUGCAACAAAUGUGCCAAUAGACACAUAAAACCCAACGGAAAUGGGAAAUUUAAUAAAAUACAAAUUGAAAAGUCUAGUCUUAUCAGAAUCUAUAAACUGCAUUGUCCAUAUUGCUAGGGAUGCUCCACUUAAACCACUCAGUUAAUGGUUAGAUUUCAUAUGCAAAGUUAAAGAAACUAGAAAAACUAUUUAACCAACUGGCAUACUCAACAGGUGUAGUCCCUCUCCAACGUUCUGUGUCUUAUUAAACAGUUGCUUAAGCUGAGAAAUGCAUUGUAACAGUAUUUAGUUUUCAUGGAUAGACCUGGUUCCUUGGUGUCCUCUCACUGAACGAUGGAGAGAAACUUCACCUGGUGUACAGCAAGCUGACCCCUGAGAGUGUCAGCCAGCAUACUUAGCAGUAAUCCUUAUAAUGCCACCAACCAUAUGAGUAUCUUAACUGUUGAGCUUAGCAGAUGGCGAAACAGCAUAAUGCUAUGAGGCACCCACUGUUGUUUGUUAUGCUUCUAUACACACAUGCAUUAAUUUGUUUAAUUUGUUAUUAAAUGGACAUAAAAAAAACAAUUUUUCUCUUUUAUGAUUCAGAUAGAACAUACAGUUUUAAACCACAAUACACUUUACUUCUAUUAUCAAAUUUGCUUCAUUCUUUUGGUAUUCUAUUUUGAAGGAGUAAUAAUGCACUACUGGUGGCUAGCUGAACUCAUCAGGUGAACCAAUAACAAUAAGCUUACAUGUGCAGCUACCAAUCAGCAGCUAGCGGCCAGCAGUGCAUUGUUGCUACUAAGCCUAACUAAGUAGCCUACCUAGGUAUACUUUUCAACAAAAGAUUUCAAGAGAACUAAGUAAAUUAGAUAAUAGAAGUAAAUCAGAAUUUUUUUUAAAAUUGCUUGCUCUAUCUUGAUUUUGAGAGAAGCGGGAAUAACUACACUGACGGACAGAGGAGAAUUACAUAUAAUUGAUAAAUAUGAAAUAAACCUGCAUGAACCUAUGUUGUUAAUGUGAUUAAUAAAUUUAAAUUUGUAUUUCAAGUUUACUUAUUUUUUUCAGGUGAGCUAAAAAGUUCUGUCUUACCUUUUAUAGGGCCAGAUUACAAGUGGUGCGCUAACUGUUUUGUGCAAGUGAUAUCGGGUUUAUCACGGCUAUUUGCACAUGUCAGAAGGAGCACUCAUAUUAGUUGAAGCAAAAUGCUACCUCAGAGCUCUGGUUAACAAAACAUUGUCACAAACAUAAAAAAUACAUUGAAAAAUACAGUUACUCUCAUAAUAAUACUAUCUAAUAAAAAUUAUUAAAAUAAAAUAUUGCAAAAAAAAUGUUAUUAGAGCUCAAAGAUAUGAGGUCUUAGUUUUUAGAAAAAAGACAUGAAAAAUUGCUUUAACAUAGAGAUACAUUCAUAUACAUGUCUAUAUAUGUUUAUAUGUGUGUACAUAUUUAUUUAUGUAUUUAUAUUUGUAUAUAUGUAUUUACAGACAUAUAUUCACAUAUAAACACAUAAAUGCACACAUACGCACAUUGAAGACCUUUGCAGUUAAGUAGCUGAAAGUGUUAUACUGUGUUUUUACUGUAUAUAUUUCACAUUCCAAUGUUCUGCACAUAGAAGAAUAUGUUCUAUGCAUUUUCAAAUAGCUAUUCCUAUAUAUCUGUAUAUAUCUAUACCUAUAUUAUAUAUUAAUAAGUAGAGUAUAUUCCUCUAUGUGAAGUACAUUGGAAUGUGAAAUAUUAAUAUAUUCAGAAAAUGUGAUCGGGUUUGUGGUCGAGUAGGUUUCUACCCCCACUCUUUGCGCUCCAUUGAAGUCUAGGGAGGAAUACGUUAACACGGUCACGAUAUUCUAACUACGGCUUGUUGUGCGCAUCGGGUUAACGUGCAAGCAAAAACUUUUUACCUUCAACUUGUAAUACGAGUGCUAUCUGACGCGCAAGCGUGAGCAAUAAAUAGCACUCCACUCGUAAUCUAGCCCAUAGUUUCAAGUUUUCAGUUUUUAUUAGGUAAUUCCUGUUACCUAUUCUUGUCUGUCAACAAUAAUGCUGGUUCAAUCAAGAAUAUGGUAAUACAAUUAUCCAUAUGGUUUUACAUUAUUAUUAGCUUACCUGAGAAUUUAAAAAACAAGUAUUUCUGUUAAUCUCUUAAACCUGCAAGCUAUUGCAAAAAUAAAUAAUUUAGAGAAGGAUGAUAAUUAAAACAUUGUAGUGAUGUAUGCUUAUUGAUUUGCUUUAUUCAAAUUGUGCUUGUUAUAUCCAAUUGAUAAUUAUCUAAUAAACUAUUUUGCUGAUUAAUCUGGUCUCGGUUUAACUGAUUGAGCUAUAGUAUCAAAACUAAAAUGAUCCUGUUUUAUCAAUUUUCCUUUGCAAAUUAUUCAAUUAAUAUUACUUGAGUUGUUCUGAGCUCUGAGCCCGAUGAUGGAAUGUUUGUCACCAAAAACAUGAAAAAAAAAAAAUUAGCCCUGCAGGGACAGCCUUAGAGCAAUUAUCAAGGAAAAUGAGUUGUCCCUGCUAGUGGCAAGCUGUCUCCCAUAGAAAUGUAAUAGUUCACAAUUAAGGAUGAAGUACACAGGGAGAACCUGGCAUAUGUUUAAACUUUAAUAUUGUGACUAAUACAAAUCAAAAUAUGAUGUUUUUAGUGCACUGUACUUUAAAUGUGCUGUUAUUGUCAUAUGCAUAUGUAUAUUUUUAGUAAUUGGCAAUAUAGUAGAGUAAUUGGCAUUUUGGGUAUUUUGAUGAAAGCUCACCACCUUUUAAUAAGCAAGAAAAAACAGUGAUAUCUGUAGGGUGGAAAUGUUUAGAUAAUUAAGCUUGGAUUUGAGGGACAAUUUUAUACACAUAAAUAUAUGUUUUGUAUUUUGUACUUAUCAGUACGAAUUUCCAUGUGUUUUUGCACAUUCAAUGUACUUAAAUUACAAUUUAUGAUGUACAUUUUUAAUACAAUUUAUUCCUGUGUAAUUUACAUACAAAUUAAAGUUUUUGAUAAAAUGCA